UACCCAUCACGUAACAAUACAUUCCUUGUGAUUUGCCGCAGAAAAUCCUGUGUAAUUAACUUAAAACAGAUUUUAUGGUCUGCGUGCUCGUUUAUCGAUAAAGGGAUGGGAGUUCAUUUAGCAGAAAAUCUCACCUAAGUUAGCCGGCCGCCUCCUCCUUACCGAUUCUUAUCUUGUAGUUGUACUCUCUGGCCAUCACUUAAGAUGGGCCAAUCACGUGGUUGCUGGAGUGGGCGGGGUUAGGAACUGGCCAGUCAGGUAGUAGUCCCGCCCCUGCCACGCCCACAAGGGUAAAUGGGAGGUGUCAGCGGGCGGGCCAACCCAGGCUGGACACAAACAGAGGUACCAUUCCCCUCUAAGUGUGUAGUGUGUGAGGGCGUGUGUCUCUCCCUCCACUGGAAGACUGAGUGUAGCCAGCACGCCCGCACACGCCCGCACGCCCACCACCACGGAUAAAUCUCAACCCCCCGGCGUCAUGACAGCCGUGGAGCUGGAACAAGAGGAGGAAAUCAACGUAGAUGGGGACAGUCUACCAGGGUCCCCUGAACCACCAGCAGUGUGUCAGUCCGACGCUAAUGUAGGUAAACCAGCCGUCAACACCGCCGCCAGACUCUCCUUCAGCAUCUCCGCUCUCCUUGGCGACAAGGACCGCGCCAGCGACGAGGACGACCGUCGCCAGGACACUGACGACGAUGACGACGACCACGACGACGAAGAAAGCUACGAGGACGACUACCCCAGCGGGUACCCCACCCUAGCAGGCCUACCCCAGCACUACGGUCCUCUCUCCGGCGGUGCGCCUACUGUGCUACGUGUCCCUGCUCAUAGGCCUAUGGGUAUGGGGUACCCUGGGCUUGCCGGACUAGGGGGCGGCCACCCUUGGCUUCCAGGCUUGCCCCUGCCACCCUUUGACCGACCUACCGCCCUAGCUCCUCACUACCCUACCCUCGACAGACUCACAGGACCUUUCCCUCUCUCACGUAGAGUAGGGCAUCCCUACCAGAGCAGGACGCCUCCUAAACGCAAGAAGCCCCGCACAUCCUUCACUAGAGUCCAGGUGAACGAGUUAGAGAAGAGGUUCAACAAGCAGAAGUACCUGGCGUCCAGUGAGAGAGCUCAACUGGCCAAGCAACUCAACAUGACGGACGCUCAGGUCAAGACCUGGUUCCAGAACCGCAGAACUAAGUGGAGAAGACAAGCAGCCGAAGAACGUGAGGCGGAGCGCCAAGCCACCAACAGACUCAUGAUGUCACUUCAAGCAGAGGCUCUCUCUAAAGGCUUGCUCACUGACCCACCAACCACGCCUUUGUAUAACUCCAACGCCUCUCUCUGCGCCUUGGAGAACAUCAAGCCGUGGGCGGAGAGAAACAAACCCACGCCCACGCCCACGGGACCUGAGCAGGACCCGUACGGUAGCACCCCAGUUGUUUCGCCCACAUGUUCGUGAAAGCUCCCAGAAGCUCAUCCCAGCUCACUUUCGGUUGCCAUGGGGUUUCCCUACUUCUGUACGUCGCUCGUGCGUUUAGAGAAGUAGUAUUUGACUUUGCUCGCUUAGAUAUGACGUUUUUGCAGAAUCUUUUCGACGUCGCCUUCAAAGGACGUUAUUAAGAAUCUUGUCUACGUCUUCAAAUGACGUUUUACAGCAUCUUUUCGACGUCUUCUUCCAUUGAUGUUCUUCACUAUCUAGGAUAGGUUCAGCAACUACAGUUUGUGUUAUUUAGACGUCUAGAGUCUAAUGGACUAUAUGUGAACUUGACGUACCGCAACGUCUAGUUCUAUAGUGGCGUCUUCUGACGUAUGAAACUGACAGCUUUUGACGCUUAGACCUGGCCUAGUUCGAAACUUAGACCUGGCCUACUUCGACACUUAGACCUGGCUUACUUCGACACUUAGACCUGACCCACUUCGACCUGGCCUACUUCGACACUUAGACCUGGCCUACUUCGACACUUAGACCUGGCCUACUUCGACACUUAGACCUGGCCUACUUCGACACUUAGACCUGGCCUACUUCGACACUUAGACCUGGCCUACUUCGACACUUAGACCUGGCCUACUUCGACACUUAGACCUGGCCUACUUCGACACUUAGACCUGGCCUACUUCGACACUUAGACCUGGCCUACUUCGACACUUAGACCUGGCCUACUUCGACACUUAGACCUGGCCUACUUCGACGCUCACAGACAUCUUGCCUCGAUGGCCAGUGUGACCAUUGUUGACAUCAGUUUCUAGAACUUUGCUUCAAUGUCUACACCUAGUCUCGACUUGUCUACAUCACCGUCUACAGGAGAACCAUUCCAGCAUCUACAGCAGAAGCAACCACCAUCUACUUCUCAGCAAUGAAUCUACAUCAUCUACGGUCAACUCUGACAAACACGAAGCAAAUCACUUGUAAUGUUUGUCGUACAAGGCAAAUCCUAAGUUACUAGUUACUUGUUCUAAGUUACUAGUUACUUGUUGUAAGUUACUAGUUACUUGUUCUAAGUUACUAGUUACUUGUUCUAAGUUACUAGUUACUUGUUGUAAGUUACUAGUUACUUGUUCUAAGUUACUAGUUACUUGUUGUAAGU